UGGGUUGUUGCGUGCUGGGGCUGGGACUGGGUUGCUGUGUGCGGGGGCUGGGACUUGGCUGGCGUAUAGUGGAGGUGGAUGGUAGUGUUGAUAUGAGCUUUUGCGUCUUGUUUGCCCAUAACAUCGCCAGGGCAUUUAUUGUGAUGGCGGUGGGUGCAUCGUCGAGCGCGGCAUCGGCGUCGGAUAUGGGCGACGCCUAUAUGGAUUGUGACUAUAAUGAUCGUUAUCCAGGUGAGCCGAAGCGGCCAUCUGAUCAUGAAAUGUUAGAGGCGUGUGGUGAGCACAUUAAGGAUGACUCUGGUGUGAGAUGGUCGGUCGAUGAGUUGCUGCAAUUGCUGUACAUGAAGCAGCAGGAGGUUUACGCGAUGAGGCGGCUGCUGGAGCAGCAGCAAAAGGGUCACGAGGAGGCGGUGACAAGGAUGUUUCAGAAGAUGAAAUUGGACCCGUGUGGGGGGGCAGAAGCUGGGGAAAAGGCGAAGGGGGGGGAGAGGCGGGCGACAAAGAAGAGGGGUGCAGAGACGUCGGUGGAGGAGCUGAGGGAAGAAGUAGGCGUGGGUGAGGAUGGGGGGCCCCCGAUGGAAGGUACGCUGGGGUUGUUUGCAGUGUUCGCGCUUAAUGUAGAUGACACGUUGUUCGAUAAUAUGGUGUUUUGGAGGGAGAGGGCUGUCAGGCUGGAUGUCCAGGUACGAAAAUUGUUGACGAUAUCCGACGUCCGCGGGGACAUGUGCAUGUUGUCGACCUCGUUGUUCAAGGCUCCUAAGGCUAAGGAUCUUCGGGAGAUUGAUAAGUCAGAUGCACUGUCCGCCAUGAGGUGCUUGGAGUGGCUGGCAGAAACGUUUCUUCAGCGAGCGAUUAUGGCAGAGGUCCAAAUAGCGUUGAACUUCCCCUUAACGAAGGUGCAGGAGCAGAGCUCUAUCGACUGUUUGUUUAAUUUGUUGGUGCGGUCGAUGCGUGGCCGCGAGCAUUUGGCUAAUAUGAUUUUGGCACAGCAAUCCGUGUCGGCGGAUUACACAUUGACGCUGCAGCAGGCAGCGGACUUGGGGCGGUUAAAAAGUGUGAUGGGUCGAUGUCUUAUGGUUUCAGGACGGGAUCGUGCUGCCAGUGACGGUGAGAGGAGGGAGAUUCAAACGCUGAUUAUAGAGCUCCUGUUGCUCCAAAAAUCUCAUGAGAAGCUGCAAAAGGAGUAUAACUAUUUGCAUGUGCUCAGGUGCUUAGAGCGACGCUCACACUGUCCGAAGUGUGGGUGCUGUUUGGAUGAGAGCAAGGGGGGUGGUUUGGCUGAGAGGAGACUGAGGGACGAGAAGAUCCGAAAGCGGAUCUUGGAGCUGAACAAUGAGGAGGGGUACGGUGGGGCAGCGGUGAGGGCCGGGGGGAUGCAGGGCAUCUCAUUCGACUCCAGAUUUAGGGGUAGGGGUGUGAGAAAUGCCUUGCGUGAGUACAGAAAGUCUAUAGUGGAGACGGGUGCAAGGCUACGCAACUUCGAUACCGAGCUGAGGGAGUUUGUGUGGGAUUUCACCGCGGGGUUGGAGCUGGCGGCGGAGGUGGAGGCGGACGAUGAGAUGCCUCCGUUGGUGGACGUGCCGUUUGAUGGGGAGGACGAGCGCCUUGACGAGUAUUAUGUGUUUGUGAGGGGGGGAGGAUUGGUGGACGGGAUUGUCUGGAGGUGGCGUUGUGAGACGGUGACGAUGGACGGGGGCCGUAGCCGGUGUAUUGAGUGGUUGGGGCUCGGGCCGUGGGUGCUAGGGGUGAGUGCGUGGGUGAUGCGGUUAGGUCCGUGUUUGCUUGGAUUGGGUAACUGGGUGGUCCGCUGGCUGGAUGGAGUUGCUGCGUGCUGGGAAUCGGUUGGUGGGUGUUGGGACUCGGUUGCUGCGUGUUGGGACUCAACUCGGUUGCUGCGUGCUGGGACUCGGUUGCUGCGUGCUGCGACUCCGUUGCUGCGUGCUGCGGGUGGGUUGCUGCGUGCUGGGACUCGGUUGCUGUGUGCUGGGACUCGGUUGCUGCAUGGUGGGAGUUGGUUGUUGUCUGCUGGGGCUCGGUUUUGUGUGCUGGGGCUCGGUUGCUGCGUGCUGGGGCUCGGUUUGCUGCGUGCUGGGGCUCGGUUGCUGCGUGCUGGGGCUCGGUUGCUGCGUGCUGGGGCCCGGUUGCCGCGUGCUGGGGUUGGGUUGCUGCGUGCUGGGACUCGGUUGCUGCGUCCUGGGACUCGGUUGCUGCGUCCUGGGACUCGGUUGCUGCGUGCAGGGACUCGGUUGCUGCGCCGGGACUCGGUUGCUGCGUGCCGGGACUCGGUUGCUGCGUGCCGGGACUCGGUUGCUGCGUCCUGGGACUCGGUUGCUGCAUGCCGGGACUCGGUUGUUGCGUCCUGGGACUCGGUGGCUGCGUCCUGGUCGUGCGAUGAUAUCUCGCACGCUCCGCACGUGUUUCCGGACCACCUUCGAUUACGGAGCGGUUCGUGCAAUGAUAGUGUAGAUGCACGUGCGCAAGCCACUGGGGGCUUAGGGACGACGGUCCACGAUAUCCCGGAGGCGGGAGAUUUGGUUGGGGUGGAAGGUGCGCACGGCGGUCGAUGGACUGCUGUGGGCAAUGGUCAUUCCCGUGAGUCGGAGUCUUUGCCCUUCGAUGCAUCUGCGGCUGCGAAUUUCCUGSCACAGGGUGGGUACGGGGUAGCUGGUCGUUCAACGGCACGUUCACGGGUCAAUGCACAGACGUCGACGUUCACUACGCCUAGCUGCGGUCUUCAAGGCAUUGCGCCGCGAAGUGGUGAUCUUUCACCGCAGCCCGUGGCGGAACCCUUCUCCGCGCAUGUUUCUGAAAGACUUGGGGUUUGGGCCGGGAAGCCGAAGAGGAGACGGUGUGAAAUGCCGGUUACGGCGCCCUCUGGGGACGGUCGUAACAGAAUGGAUCGUACAGGGGCGCGAGCUUCGGUUGCACCGAAUCCCGUUGAUGCGAUGGAGCGUCGUACGUGGGCCGGACAGGAGGACAGCGGGGCGCCGUGCCUGAAGAGCGGAGGCGCAGCGAUGAGUUUGGUGGUCGCCACGGUUGGCUCGAGGGGGGGUCUCUCGGGGCUGUGGUUCCUCCGGGUUGCUCGGUGUCGUGCCCCGGUACAGCUUCCACUGGAAGUGGAGCGGGAGCCCUCGUGUGUGCUGCAAAGUGUGCGAGGUGCUUGCUCUACGGCUCGCAGCUCCGACCGACUCGAUGCGGAGGGGCGGUUUGCGGCUGCGGAAGCCGGGGUGGGCGGGGGGUUGUCCCGACCCCUCCGGAAGCGCAAUGCGGGAUUGUCACGACGACAGCGCAGUCUUAUAUCUCAGCUGGCCAGAGUGAUUCCGCCGGCUUCUGCGUGCGUCGUCCGGAGUUCGGCCGAUGGUCCCGUGGGUGGUGACAACACGGGUCGGUCGGUUGUGCGGGGGUCGGCAUCGAGCGUGGCGAUUGCGCGAGCGGCUUGUCGGUUGAGAGUGUCGAGGCGAGGGAAGCGCAGGGCGUCGGCACGUGCCGGGGGCAGCAGCGGCGAGCCCCUGAGGUUUCUCGAUGCGCCUGCGGAUUGCCAUAGUCGGGGAGAGGGAAGGCGGAGGGGGGACGGGAACGUUGGGGUUGGAAGCGAGGUGGGUGUAUCGGAAAGAGCAUUGGGACGCUCGAGCGCGCAGGUGUGCGCUUUCGACCGCAGCUCCGAGCGGUUCGAUGCGGAGGGGCGGUUUGCGGCUGCGGAAGCCAGGGUGGGCGGGGGGUUGUCUGGACCUCUCCGGAAGCGCAAUGGGGGAUUGUCACGACGACAGCGCGCUCUUAUAUCUCAGCUGGCCAGAGUGAUUCCGCCGGCUUCUGCGUGCGUCGUGCGGAGUUCGGCCGAUGUUCCCGUGGGUGGUGACAGCACGGGUCGGUCGGUUGGGCGGGGGUCGACAUCGAGCAUGGCCAUUGCACGCGCGGCUCGUCGGUUGAGAGUGUCGAGGCGAUGGAAGCGCAGGGCGUUGGCACGGGCCGGGGGCAGCAGCGGCGAGCCCCUGAGGUCUCUCGAUGUGCCUGCGGGUUGCCAUAGUCGGGGAGAGGGAAAGCGGAGGGGGCACGGGAACGUUGGGGUUGGAAGCGAGGUCGGUGUAUCAGAAAGAGCAUUGCGGCGCUCGAGUGCACAGAUCUUUCGGAACGAGGGCACGUUGGAUGCGUACAGUCUCGGGGAACGUUCGCCUUGCGCGCAUUGCGGGGCUCUGCUUUGGCCGCAUGAACAUGUGUGGAAAACGAUUUGUUGUAAAGGAGGCAGGAUGAAGUGCCAAUUGUGGGAGAUGCCGGAGGAAGGAAGUGCGGCGCACUCGGUGCUGUCGCUAUGGACAGAGGACUCUCGCGAGGGCAGGCUUUUGAGGGCGAAUUCGCGUAGGUUCAACAACGCGUUGUGCCUCGUGUCUGCGCAUAUGAGGAAAGCGGAGCAGGGAUUGCGAGGAUUCGAAGGGCAGUUGAAGAUCCAAGGGCCUGUGCACCAUUGUCUUGGGCCGUUGGAGCCGGGGCUCGGCGAAAGGCCACAUUGGCCCGACCCUUCGAAAGGCAACCCCGAAAGCAUGACCGCGAGACAAUUCUAUGCCCUCCAUUUGCAUGAGAGGUGUGGGGAGCGUACCACCCUGCUUUGCGCGAAGCGAUUGCUUCAGGAGUACUGCUGCAUGGCAUACGCCAAGGUCGAGACUCGUCACUUGAACUACUUGGAGUUUAACCAGGAGAAAAUGCGAUGCGAACGGUACAAGGAACUGCGGAGAGCUGUGCACGAGAAUGAACAUGGCGACGGUGUGGGGACGAAGGUCUUUUUGCCUUCGACGUUCACUAGCGGGCCCCGUUACAUGGCCGAGAAGUAUUACGAUGCCAUGGCCGUUGUUCAAAAGCUCGUGAGACCCGAUCUGUUCAUUACAAUGACUUCCAACAGCAACUGGCCUGAAAUCUUGGAUGCGCUGCUGCCGGGUCAGGUUCCCAUCGACAGGCCGCACCUGUUGGCGCGUGUGUUUCGCGGUCACCUGAAGCAGCUGAUACAUGAAAUAAAGGACAAGCGCGUGUUUGGAGCGGUGAGCGCGAUCUUUUACACCGUCGAGUUCCAAAAACGGGGUCUUCCUCAUGCACACAUUCUGGUGAUAUUGGAUAGAGGCCAAAAACUGUCCAAUCCGGAUGCGGUGGACGAAGUCAUAUCCGCCGAGAUACCGCCGGACGGAGAGCUUCGCGAGAGGGUGUCGAAGUUCAUGAUCCAUCAGACGUGUGGCGUUGGGAAGCCGUCCGCCGCCUGCACGACAAACAAACGCUGCACAAAACACUUCCCGAAACCGUUUGCGCGAAAAACUACCUUCCAGGCGGGGAAAGGGUAUCCUGUUUACAGACGGUCCUCCACGGAUGAAGGGGGUUGCACGCUUUGCGAUGCCGGCAUGGUGUACGACAAUGGUCGAGUCGUGCCAUAUAACGGAUACCUGCUACUGCGUUUCAACUCGCACAUUAAUGUCGAGUCGUGCGCUAACGUGCUCGCUUGCAAGUAUCUGUACAAGUACAUUUUGAAAGGGAACGACCGGGUUAUGGUUGCGGAGUUGGAGAGACAGCACGCGCGCAACGAAAUUCGUAAGUACCGGGACUUGCAUUGCUUUGGCGCGAGCGAGGCUUGCUGGCGGAUAUUCGGAUUCCCCGUAACCCAACAGUGGCCACCCGUCGAAAGGUUGGCCUUUCACUUGGAGGGCGACGAGACUGUCGUGUUUGAAGAAGGCGGCGAGGAGGCUGCAGUCGACGUCAGAGCGGGUCGCACAAAGUUCACUGCGUGGAUGGAGCGGAACGAGGAGCUUCGACGCUCUGGCUGCGAUCGUUUUCCGCUGUAUUCCGAUAACACGGAAACCCACACGUGGCACAAGCCUGAGAAGCGGUGGAAAUUGCGGCGCUCGGGUGGUAGAUUCGGAGCCUUUCCUAAGACCGGCCGGCUGCAGCGUGCGUGCCCGACUCAGGGGGACCUCUUCUACUUGCGCAUACUCCUCGGGCAUGAACAUUCUCGUGGUGCAACGUCUUUCGCUGCCCUGAGAACGGUGGAGCAGCCGGAGUUGGGCACGUUUCGAGAAGUUUGCCAGUGCCUCCAUCUUCUUGACGACGACUCGGAGUACGACAAGGAUAUGGAAACGGCGGCUCUUCAUUACAUGCCGCACCAGAUCAGGCAAGUGUUCGCGAUGCUGCUUGCGUACGGCCCGCUAUUGGACAUGAAAAUGAGUAUGGGAAGAGUUGGUUUGGCAUUCCCCGACCCAGAGGCGCAGCGCGUUGCUGAGGAGCUGCGCGCUCGGAUUCUCCUCGAGGGCUUGCCCGAGCUGAUCCGAGAGGAGCUAAUGUAUGACAGGGCGGAUAUGGAGAGGCAGUGGGCAGCAAACUACCCUUUGCUUCGCCCUUCGCAAAAAGAGCUGGUCGAUGGCGUUAUGUCUGCUGUGCUCAAUAGGAGUCCCCUGUGCGUUUUCGUCGAUGCUCCUGCCGGAACAGGAAAGACCUUUUGCAUUAACACGAUAUUUGCUGGCGUUCGUCGGCACGAAAACUGCAUCGCUUUGGCGGUCGCGUCCAGCGGAAUAGCGUCGCUUCUGCUUCCCGGCGGAAGAACAUUCUACUCGCGGUUUCAGGCGCCUCUUCAACCGGAUGCUAAGAAACCUUUUCCGAUUCGAAGACAGAGCGAACUUGCACGGCUGAUAAGAAUGUGCAGCCUUAUAGUGUGGGACGAGGCCGCGAUGACGCACCGGGCGCAGUUGGAAGCUCUCGACCUCACCUUGCAAGAUAUCUGUCAAUCGGACGAGCCCUUUGGUGGUAAGGUGCUGUUGCUGGCAGGCAACUUCAGGCAAGUUUUGCCGGUGGUGAGGAGGGGCAGUCGGGCUGAGCAAAUCAUGGCUUCCAUAAAAUCGUCGCCGUUGUGGGCACGCUUCAAGACGCACAGGCUGGACGAGAACAUGAGGGUUCUGCGCCGUGGUGAUGAUGAGGUCGCAAGAAAGUUCGCUGCUUUCCUGCUGCGUGUGGGUGACGGGGAGCACGACGUCGUGGACCCCGCGGAUCCCGAGACGAUCGAGUUGCCACCGGAGAUAUGCAUGGAUCUGGAUCUUGCUGCUCUCAUCGACUGGACGUUUCCUGACCUCGGUCGGCAUCUUCACGACCCCGACUACCUCACCGGCAGGUUUCUGGACAUCGUGUACAUGUCAGUCGACAGCGCGCCUACGGACUCCUACGGUUUGAAUGUUCCGGUUGAGUACCUCAACAACUUGAAUUGCUUGGGCUUGCCACCGCACGCGCUGCGGCUGAAGGAGGGGGUUCCGGUUAUGUUGCUGAGAAACAUCUGUGUGCACAUGGGCAUGUGCAACGACACUCGGCUGAUCGUGAACAAGUCAGUGUCUAAACGGCUCAUCCAAGCCACGAUUCUGCCCACCCGCAAGAUCGCGGUGAUACCUCGGUUGACUCUGGACUCCGACGACUCGGCCGGCUUCCUGUGGAAGAGGCGACAAUUCGCCUUGCGUGCUGCGUUUGCGAUCACGAUUAACAAGUCCCAGGGUCAGAGUGUGUCGAGGGCCGGUUUGUAUCUUGAGAAACCUGUGUUCGGUCAUGGUCAGCUCUACGUUGGUCUAUCGCGUGCGGGGCAUCUGGAUGACAUUCGUGUUGCGCUGCCUGGGGGUUCCACGAGAACGAAGAACGUCGUUUUCAAAGAGCUGCUGGCCAAUCGCUCCCUCCUUGAAUGCGCUGUUUGUACUGAUGAUGGUGAAUUCCUUGAGUACGAUUACGACGAAGUGCCGGCGACGCUUGAGCCGGCCUCUGAGCCUGAACGCUGCAGUGCGGCGCGGGCCGAACCGGUGCAGGCGAGGGGCCCACUGGCUAUCCACACUCUGGCCGGUGUGCUUCUGCUGGAUAUAUACGAGGCAGGUGUGCAGCUAGGGGAUUUAUCGGGGGAUGAGUCAGACGAUUCCCUAAAGGGGGAGCGAUCGUCGCCGAUCCGAUUUGGUUUUGGAUGGGAUGGAGCGCCUGCCGGUUGUGCCGGCCAGUCGGCUCCAUGCGAUGUGUCGGCAGGCAGGUCAGUGCAGCCCUCCACCGCUCCGGUGGCCGCUGCCGGCACAAGUGCUGGUACGGGGGGUGCGGACCGGGUGAGUAACGAGAUGUGCGAAAUCGAUGACGAGAAGGCCAACUUAGGAACGCAGGUUACGCCGUGUAGAAAGCGCGUACAAAUGUGCCAGCCGGACGGGGCUUCGGCGUUUGUUACCUACGUGCGACCUUCGCCUCCGGUUGUGCAUGGUCGACGUCCGGCUUUGCAACGAUUUGAAUCUGCUCCGGCAUGCCAACAUUUCGAGCCGGCGUCAGCGUUUGCAAUCCGGCCAUGCGAGGUCGUCGUAGGGCCCAGUUUGAAGUCGGACGUUGCGCGUACACCCGAGCAUUCGUCCUCGCUUGCGGCGACACAAGCAACUCACUCCGAGCACUCCGAAGGUAUAGUGACGGGCGCGGCAUGCGGACAUUUCGAGCCGGCGUCAGCGUUUGCAAUCCAGCCACGCGAGGUCGUUGUAGGGCCCAGCUUGACAUCGGACGUUGCGAGAACACCCGACCAUUCGUCCUUGCUUGCGGCGAGACAAGCAAUUCACUCUCAGCACUCCGAAGGUAUAGUCACGGGCCCGGAGAUCAUACCAUCGUACGGCCGCAAUGGUUUUCGGCCGGGUACGAAAUUGGUUUAUCAGGAGAUCAGGCACCACGAUCCGCCUAUCUGGUUGGAUAGGGAAGGCACUGUUGCUCUUGACCGGAAGACGCAGAGGAUAGUCGAGUCUUGGACGGACAUUCUUGACAGGGUGGGUAGGAGACGGAUUCUGAACUGGAUGCUCUUCGUGCUGUUCUUGGAUGGAGAGCGGGUUGAGCUUACGGAACACAUUUGGCUAGACUUUUUGCUUGCGAGAGGCAGGAUCGAGCGCAGGUUUGUCUCGCGUCGUCGUGAAUUAGUGUGCGAUAACGGAUCGCUGCAGGACUCGCAUGAGCUUAUCCAGGCCAUCCUCCGGCAUGAACAUGUCACGAGGGCUGGAUUUGUCGUUCGGACUCUUUGUGAAAGAUUCGCAAAAGUUCACGACGAUUACGUGCCGUUUGAGAUCUAUCGGUACGCUAGACUGGAUGAAAUUGCUUCGCGUCUGCCCGAGACGCCCAGCACUGGAGAUGUGAUGGGCGAUAAACAUGCAGCGCAGCUUGUGAGGCAACUGCGCACUCUCAGCGAGAGUCUCGGUGUGGAGGUCGAGAUUUCUGCAUUGGGAGGGAAACAUGUUGAAUCAGCAGGUGCCAUUCUCAUUGGGGACAACUCUGGAAUAAGUUCUAUUGGCCUAAUGGAGGCUCUGCCGCACGUGAUACCGAGCUUGAGGUUGCAGUGGUCGGUGCGGAAGAUCAUCGAGAAAUCCCCGCCGGAUGUGGUGGUACUGAUGGAUUAUCCGGGAGUGAACAUUCCUUUUGGGAAAUACUUGCGCAAGAACUUUCCAGAUUGCAGGAUAAUUUACUAUAUUCCUCCCAACGAGUGGAUGGCCACUGACGUGAGGACAGCCGAUAUCUGCGCAAUGAGCGACGCAAUCCUGGCCGUCUAUCCUGGAGAGGUCAGUUACUGUAGGUGUCACUGUAGCGACAACCCCGUCAAGCUCGAGUCAGACCCUGAAGUAGCAGUAGAAGAGGCCCAAAUUGCUGAGAAGUUGAGGGAGCAGAGAGAAAGGAAGGAGGCAAAGAAGAAGCAAAAGGAGGAGGAUUUGAAAAAGAAGUUAGAAGAAGAGAAAAUAAAAAUGGAGGAAGAAAUGAAGAGGAAGGAGGAGGAAAUGAAAAAACAAAUGGAGGCGGAAGAAGAAGAAGAAGAAGAAGAAGAAGAAGAAGAAAGUUUGGUGAGAAGAGAAAAGGGUGACGGUGCAGAAAGUGGCCAGGCGAGUCACUUACAAAUCCACCAAGGCGGCGAGGGGGAAUGGAUGGAGAGAUUUGGGUUCCGCACUGAAAUGCCCGAUGAGGCCGAGCCUGAGGAGAGAGGGUUAUUAAUUGCAGAGAGGGAUAACCUCCUCCAUCAGUGGUUGUUAAGUCAAAAGAGGCGGGAGUUUGAAGAAAAGAAAAAGUUGAGGGAGGAGGGAGAAGCGCUCCAGCGAAGGUUGAAAGAGCAGAGGGGCAAGGAGACUGACACAAAGGAGGCUUUGAUGCUCGUGACCGACGCCCUGCUGCACACCGCCCAAGAACUGACCGCCCUGCAGAAGACCGUAGGGAAAUUGGAACGACACCAAGAAAAAAUUAAGGAUACGUGGAACGAUUUCCUCUGCGCAUCCACUCACCGGAUUGACGAUAGGACCGCCAAUUAUGCUCAGCAGUUAGAAGACAUCUUCACCAACAAGCUUGUGAACACCAUCGCAGCAGUAAAGAUAGGCGGCGGUGGUGGAGGAGGAGAUGGUGGAGAUCCGGGAGAUGAUGGAAAAGGAGGAGGAAAUCGAAAAGGAGAUGUGAACCGAAAGGGGAAUGAACAGCGAACUGAAGGAGGAGAAAGGAGGGAGAAGAUGAAGGUUAAGGUCCCGUGGACCUACAACGGGAAGAAAGAAGAGAACUUUCUGUGUUGGCAGGCAGCAAUGGACACAUACCUGUAUGCGCAGUUAAUCCCUUACCACGACCGUGUGUUGAUGGCCAGUUCAUGUCUUGGAGGGGACGCUACCAACUUCGCCUUAUCCUUGAUGAAGGCAGCGGGUUGCUCGUCGAUGGUAGAGUAUUCCCAACGCAACCGCAUAGAGGACUUUAUGAAAGCUCUCAAGGAAAGGUUCGAGGACAAGAACCUGGCCCRACGUACAGAGUACCUGAUUCUCAACAUCGGUAAUCGCAGGUGGAAGAGUGUGUCCGCUUUGAAGUCCACAAUGGACGAACUGCUGCAGUGUCCCGAGCACGGGUUGACUCCCACGCAGAUUCUGAACAACUUCGYAARGGCRCUUCCCGAUCCUCUGAAGUCCCAAUUGUACGCCCAGASAAAGGAAGAGGGCAUGRCGUAUGAAAAGUUCAGCAAGAUUGCUGUAGACCAGGCCGAUUUCCUUCAAGAAGCAAAUUAUUGUCAUUAUCGGAAGGAUUUGCAGAAAGGGAACCGAUGGAAGAACAAGACCAUAUCCGGUAACAUCGAGGGGAAGGACGGGCUUCUAGUUACAUUUGAGGAGGGGGGAGUGGAGGCUCUACCCUACGAAAACAUAGAUUACGGAUUGGAAGACCUGGACAGCAACCAAUUAGCCCAGGGAGGGGACUAUGCGGUUGUUGCAGCCCGCGGGGGAGGGCGACAAGGAGGUAGAGGAGGCCGAGAGUGGGGAGAAUCAACCAUGGCAGAUGUCAAGAUGGGUGAGCUUGAGUGCUGGCUGCCCAGCCCCACCGGGGACAAGAAAAAAAUGAGGCUGUUCCAUGAGUCCGGUCUAGAGUCCCACUUAUCUGUUUGCUGUAUGAGUGCCCCUGCGUUCGCCCGACACGUGACAAAGGAAAAGUUGGAAGAUCAGGUGUUUGUGGCCUAUGUGAAACCGGUGAAUGAAGAGAGUAAGGGUGAAGACAAGACGCCGCCCCAAGUGGAGAACGUGCUGCGAGAGUUUGCUGAUGUCGGAGAAGCCCCAACUGGAGUAGUAGAGCGGGACGUCAAGCACCGGAUUGAAAUAGAGCCCAGUAGCAAGAUUCCCAGGGACCCAGUCUAUAGAAUGUCUCCCAAGGAACUGGAUGAACUGCGUAGGCAACUAGAUGAGCUGAUUGAGAAGGGGUGGAUAAAGCCCAGUUUGUCACCAUACGGUGCACCGGUUCUAUUCGUGCCGAAGAAAGAGGGUGAACUGCGGUUGUGCAUUGAUUAUCGGGGAUUGAAUGCUAUCACGGUCAAGAAUGCUGAACCGUUGCCCCGGAUUGAUGACCUCUUWGACAGGGUGCARGGAUGUAAGUAUUUCUCCAAGAUAGAUCUGAAGUCCGGGUACCACCAGGUUGAGGYACAGCCGGAGGACCAGCACAAGACGGCCUUUAGGACUCGCUAUGGUCACUACGAGUUUGUUGUGAUGCCGUUUGGGUUGACCAAUGCUCCUGCAACAUUCCAAAGAUGCAUGAAUGAUCUGUUUAGAGAUUGGUUGGAUAAGUUUGUUGUAGUUUAUUUAGAUGAUAUUCUGAUCUUUAGCAAGAGCUUGGAGGAGCAUCAGAAUCAUCUACGUCAGAUAUUGACCAAAUUGCGUGAGUCUAAUUUUAAGAUUAACCCGAAGAAGUAGUACUUUGAGCGAAACGGUGGGAAAGUGGCCCUUGUGGGACAUCCGAUUGUCGACACGGUGGACACCAAGUUGUCUCGAUCUGAGGCCAGGCGUAUGUUGGGUGUAGAUGAGAGUGCCGAUUUGAUCGCCUUGCUGCCUGCCUCCAGAUCACAGGAGAUGCGUCAUUUGUGGCCCAUAAUGGCCGCUGCUGCCGCCCGUCUGCAUGAUGCAGCUGACUUCUUGGCAACGGGAAGUGAACACGAGAAGAGGAGUACGAGACGACGGCGACGGCGACGACAAGACACGCCGGCCGUGAAGGACUGCGUGGUGUCGGGGCACCGAAGGUCGACUGCCGGGCUGGGGGCCGACGUGGGGCAGGGGAAUUUAGAAGCUGUAUUUCGUGGUGCUGAUCUUGCGAUAACUAAGUCGGGGAGUGUCAACUUAGAGCUUGCUCUAUACAAUGUACCUCAAGUUGUCAUGUACCGCAUCGAUCGGCCAACAUCGUGGAUUGCCAAACACGUGCUCAAGUUUAGUCCAAAGCACGUCUCUUUGGUCAAUGUCAUCAUGCAAGACCAAGCUUAAACUUUAAAGGUGUUAACAGCAAGGCUGUUUAGCUCGCCGUGCGGGCACCCAACUU